CUUUACAAGAUGAAUCGAUGAUCAUCGAUUUAUAUCAUAUCGUAAAUACAACAAAUCAAAUGGAAAACACUAGUCCAGAAAAGCUAGACAGGAAAACACAAGAAAAGAACAGAAGAAUUCAAAUGAAGUAUCUUUCUUCUAAGCUCUUUUCUCUUAUUCCUCCACACCACCACCAUUACUCCGCUAAGGAUAUGGUGACGCAACAAGACCAAAUUGAUCAAGCCAUUACUUACAUUGAAAAAUUGAAAGAACGAGUAGAUGUAUUAAUGAGAAGGAAGGAUAAGAUUAUAGCACAAGGUACAAGUGAUGAUUCAAAGAAAUUCAUGCCUUCAACAUCUUGUAGCAAUAUUAAAUUACCUAUGAUUGAAGUUAGAGAGUUGGGUUCAACUAUGGAGGUUAUUUUAGUUAGUUGCUUGCAAAAGAAGUUCACCAUGCAAGAGGUGAUAAUCAUCUUAGAGGAAGAAGGAGUUCAAGUUGUUACCGCUAAUUUUUCUACAAUCGGCGAUAAGGUUUACUAUACUAUUCAUGCUCAGGUGAAAAUUACGAGAUUAGGGGUUGAUGCAUCAAGGGUCUAUUUGAGAUUGCAAAAUCUGAUUUGCUAAUUUUUUAAUUACUUACCAGCAGAAUCAAAAAGGUUUUAGAAAAAUAACUUUAGACUAUUGUAUCUAUACACAUUUCUAUUAUUUUGUUGGUUAUUCAAGUUUGCAUUCUUAUUGUAUUGGAAUUUUUUCGUAUUUUGAAGUAUGGGCCGUGUCCCAAGUAUUAUUGUAUCUUAAGAUGAUGAGAUUGAGACUUAGUAUUUCCUAUUACUUUUAUAUGUAAGAGAUUUAUAAGAAUA